AUGACUGAGAACCAGAGUGACUCGGAUAAGGAGGAUGUUGGAUCUUCGACUGUUACACCGUUGAGUCCAGGGAAACGACAGCGCAAGACGAAAUCUACAGCUUGUCGAAGAUGCCAUGCUAGAAAAGUUAAAUGCUCAGGCGGUCAGCCCUGUGAAAACUGCCGUCAAGCAAGUAAAGGCGCCGAAUGCUCUUAUCCCCGAAAGAACCGCCUCGUCAAAGUGAGCCAGCAAUACAUUGACGAUCUAAUCGCCGAGAACCAACGUCUUCGUCAAGAUGACGCUAAACCUCGGCCUGAGCCCUCCAUCCCCGAUGUCUCAAGCACCGAAACAUCCUCAUCCCUACAGGGCACGCUCCUCGAAGAACGACCCUGGUUCUUCGACAUGAACGUUCUUCACACCCCCGUCCUCAUCGGCGAAGCUUCCGACGCUGCGUUUGCAUCGCGCUUUAGGCAGGCUAUUUCCGAACCGGGGCAUAGUCACAUCCCGAGGGUGAACUACGCACCUGAUGAGAGGUUGCUUGCUCUUUCGGAUCAGGACUGUCCGUGGCCGAUACCCUCUAGGGCACGGCUGCUUGUUAAUGUUGCGUUGAAGUAUGUUAGUAGGACUUACUAUAUCGUGAGGAAGAGUCAGAUCUUGGAGGGGCUGGAGCAGUCGAUUUUGAAUCCGCAUUCGGCGGAUUCUUUGUUGAGGAGUAAGCUUUGGGUUUUGUUUGCUAUUGGGGAGAUGUACUCUACGCGUACGGCGGCGAAGGAUAGGAACUUUCCGGGUAUGGCGUAUUUUGCGCGGGCGACUCGUAUUCUCCGUAUCAUCAGCGAAAGACCUCGCAUCGACGCCAUUGAGAUUCGUCUUCUUCUGUCUUUCUACUCCCUCGCUCUCAACCGUCGUUAUACAGCCUACGCUCUAGCCGGCUCAUCAGUCCGUCUCUCCGUCGUAAUGGGUCUUCACCUCAACGUCCCCGAGUCCCAACUCCGCGACGCCGGCGCCCGAGAACACAGAAAUCGCGUAUGGUGGACUGCAUAUAGCUUCGACCGCAUGUGGGCUUCUCGUCUCGGCCAUCCCGUCGCUAUUCAAGAUGACGACAUCGAAGUCGAUCUCCCUACUGAUCCAGUCCUGGACACGCCCUCGGAUGAUUUUGCCGACUCGUCGUAUUUUAUCGCGGGCCUAAGACUCGCGAGACUGGCGGCAAAGAGGGUUCAAGAGGCGUUGAGGGAUCUGAGGGCUUUUGUGGAGGAGUUGCCGCCGCAUCUUCACAUUGAACCCACUGAUGCACCUGAACCGAGUCCAAAGCCUCUUUCACUGCACUUGUACUUUAACCAGGUUGCCAUAACAGCAACGCGUCCUAUUCUUUUGCACGUACUAAGGACCCACGUCUCAGCGUGGGACACUCAACCUCGCACGGAACCUCAAAUUCCCGUAUCAGCCAUGACGCUCUCCGAAGCGUGUAUCCGCUGCGCACGCCACUCGUGUCGCCUUUUAAUCGACUGCUGGAUCGACGGCUCCUUCGCGACAUUCGACUACUUCUACACACAAUACCUCUUCUCAUCCGCUACAGUCCUCGCUAUCUCAAGCCUAAUCGACGGAAAGGAAUGUCGUAGCGACAAAGAGCAAUUCGAGUCAGCAGCCCAGUUUUUGCACCAACUGAAGGAGAAUGGCAAUUUUGCGGCCGAGGAGUUUUGUAGACAUGUUGACGCUAUGAAGUCCCAUACGUCUCGCAUUCUGUCUUUCCAUCCCGUAGAGCAGAGUCGUCCCCAUACCCUGUUCAUGGGAACAGUGUCAAGACUUGCCAUUGAUCCCUCUUACCAAUCAAGUCCCAAUGUUCUCAAGCCGCUCAAAGAGAAUGAAUCAUGA